GGAGUGGGUGGUAAAGCAAAAAAAGAUUUGCAUUGCUGAGUCGAUCCCGAAUAAAGCUAACCGCGUUGCCAAACAAAGUGUCUGGCUUUAUCUCCUAAAACCUCCCGGCUCCCUUCGCCGCCGUACACUCGACGGGCUACGAACGACGGGAACCAAAUCCUCCGCCGUCAAUUUCUAUCUCCGCCUGACUCUGAAGAUAGUUAGAAAAAAAAUGGAGAAUACUGGGAGCAUUAAGCAAGAAGCACUGUCUCUUCUUCCAGGGAUCUUUGAGAUACCGGGAGAGCCUGCGGUUGUUAUCAACGGUGUGCCUGAUGAACCUCAAACAGAUUGUAUGGUUGCCAAAGACGAACCAGUAACAGCAAGUGGCACUGUAGGAAGCGGCGAAUGGCUCGUGGGUAGAGAAGUCCGGAAGUUUUUCUUGGGUCAUUACUAUUCUGGUGUGGUGACAAAGUUCGACAAACAAUCUGGGUGGUACAGAGUUGAAUACGAAGAUGGGGAUUCUGAAGAUCUUGACUGGUCUGAGCUAGAAGAAGUACUUCUACCUUUGGAUGUUACUGUCCCUUUGAGGUCAGUCUCACUGCAGAUCAUCAAGAAUCGACAAAUGCAGGCUCAAACUUAUGGAUACACGCCACAACGCUAGACCAAGAACUCCAAACACACAACGAGUGGAUAUGGUGAAGCAGGACAAAGAGGUUGUUACACUCUCAUGCCUUAAUAUUGGAAACAGUUUAUCGCUUGAAUAUAAUAGAAGACUAGUGGGAAUCAUGAAAUUGUAGAUACGUUAGAGAUAAGCAACGUUUUUUGGUACGAAUAACGUUUCGUUAUAAAUAAUCAUAUUUUCAAAAUGAGAUUAACAUA